AUGAAUAGUUUAUGGAUUUGUAAUCAGCCAGAUUUAUUUUCAUUUGAUCAUUAUUAUGAAUAUAACACAUUCGACAAGAAUUCUAAGAUCAAUAAUACAACAAUCGAUCGUUCUGAAUGUUCAUCAUAUAUACAUUUUGGUAAUACAUCUUAUACAUUAGGUUUUGGUCAUUUAUUUUCAGGUAAUUUACAAUUGUAUCAAUUAUAUAAUCCAUGUCAUCAAUGUUAUGAAUCAUAUUCAUUUGAAAUACCUCAAUGCUAUUCUAAUACAUUACAAAUAGAUAAAAUUCAAUCACAACAAGAUUCUAUCAUUAAUAAUAAAAUUAAUGAAGCUAUGGAAACUAUUCGAAAGAAGAUAAAAAAAUGUUGA